CGAGCAUUAGCAUCGGACACUCGGCCUUAUCCACUUGGGCGCCUUAUCAGUUAUCAGUUCCGUUCGGUCAGGUCGGCCGGGGCUCUCAGUUGGAUUUCAGCAGCGGAACGGAGCAGUCGGACCGCGAUCAGCUCCCCAGAAUCGGUGAAAACAAAUAUACCCACGUGCCAAGAAGCAUAGAAACUAGCGAAUAAAAAUCCAGCAGAUCAGCAGAUCGGCAAUAAAACACGCAGUGACUGAUAAGGCACCUUGGUGCAGGCAAACAAAAAAAUAUACAAAUCUAAACAAAUUUAUAUACUGAAAUAUAAGAAUACUUAUACAGCGACAAGAUGAUGUCACAUACAGUGAGGGUCUUCAAGAUGAUGUACAUCGUGGCGGGCAUACUCAUCAGCAAUGCGGAGAUCUGCGACACAGUGGACCGCAUUCAAAUAGCGCCACGCGUUGACCUCAAGCCGGACUAUGACCAGAAGUACUUGACCUCCGGCGGGAACAGCCCCGGUUCCCGAUCCCGCACCCAUUCGCGGCAGAAUUCCGGAAGUUGUUCCGGCUCCGAGGAGGGAAGCCCGACCAAGAAGCGACGGGUCAGCGUCUCGGGGAUCGCAGGCGGAGUGGUGAGGGGCGUCACCAGCCAGGUCUCGAAGAGGGUGGGCCAUCGCUUCGUGUGGCUCUCGGACAUCCGGCUCAUCCUGCAGCAGUGGCGCAUGCUGGCCCUCAGCUUCAACCUCUGGACCAUACCGAACUUCCUGGUCCAGUGCCUCACCAGCUACAUGAGCAAGAAGCUGCUCAUCAACAGCGACUGUGAUAUGAUCUACAAGUAGGAUAGGGCAGCUACACCGAGAGGUUGCGAGUUUAUUGUUACUAUAGUUUUUACAUAGCGUUAAGAUCUGAAUAAACAACUGCUAGACAUAGA